CCUAUUACUCGUAUAUUUGGUCCAUAUUUGGACUCCCGUACCGGCUACAUGAAAAGUCCCCAUUUAUCUCUAAAAUUUCAACAUCAAAUUUACCCUCCAAAAUUCCCAGCAAAUCUCUCAAAACUUUCUCCGACGAGUCAAAAACAAAAGCUUCACAUCAAUGGCUUCCUCAAUUUCCAACCCUAGAAAAGAGUAUUCAACUUAGUGCGCCAUGCGCAAGCGCAAGGAAGAAGAUGCAAGGACUUCACCAUCAACAGCAGCAACUCGCAGCUCUUCUCUCCGUUGCUCUCGCCAAAGAUGACUCUUCAUCUUCUUCUUCAAUCACCACCUCUUCUUCCUCCACUCACACUACCGCCACGUCAUCAUCUUCCUCAACGAGUCAAGAAUCGGACGAGUCGAAUCGUCUUUCUGCCAUUAACUCGCUCCAUCGACUCGUUGUUUAUCCUCCUAACUCACUUCUUGUUUCUCACUCCGCUACUUUUCUCUUUCAAGGAUUUUCUCAGCUUCUUACUGAUAAAUCAUAUUCAAUUCGUCGGUCAGCAGCCACUGCAUAUGGAGCGCUUUGCUCCAUGUUGUGUUCAAUCCCAUCAGGGUCUAACGGAAGACAGAACCAUGUUGUACUGGACUUGGUUGACCGUUUUAUUAAUUGGGCUUUGCCAUUGUUAAGUAACAUCACUGUCAAUGAUGGUUCAGUGGAUCUGGCUCUGGAAAGCCUACGUGAGUUCCUUAGUGUAGGGGAGGUAGGGGCAACAGAACGUUAUGCUUUUCCAAUACUCAAAGCAUGUCAAGAACUGCUUGAGGAUGAGAGGACCUCUUUGAACCUGCUACAUCAACUUUUGGGGGUUUUAACUGUGAUAUCCUUGAAAUUCUUUAGAUGUUUCCAGCCCCACUUCGUCGAUAUAGUUGACCUGCUUCUUGGAUGGGCAAUGCUACCUGAUCUUGCUGAAUCUGAUAGACAAGUUAUUAUGGGCGGCUUCUUGCAGUUUCAGAAAUAUUGGGUUAGUAAUCUGCAGUUCCCUUUGGGUCUGCUGUCCAAAUUUUUAGGUGAUAUGGAUAUGCUGCUUCAAGAUGGAAGUCCUGGAACUCCACAACAAUUUCGGAGACUGCUUGCUUUUUUUUCUUGUUUCUCUACCGUACUAAAAUCCACGGCUUCCGGGUUACUAGAAUUGAAUCUUCUUGGGCAGAUAGUUGAGCCCCUGAGUAAAAUGAUUCCCCAAUUGCUGGAGUGCUUUUCUCUGAUGGGAAAAAAAUUUGGGUGGUCAAAUUGGAUUGAGGAUUCUUGGAGGUGUUUGACUCUCUUGGCUGAAAUUUUAGGUGAAAAGUUUGCCAUUUUUUAUCCACUUGCUCUUGAUGUAUUGUUUCUGAGUUUGGGGAUGGAUGGCAGUACCAAACUAGCGGGAGGUGUGAAAAUUAGGUCCCUUCAGAUUCACGGGGUUCUAAAAACUAAUCUUCAGCUGUUGUCCCUGCAAAAGCUGGGGCUUCUCCCUUCUUCUGUUCAUAAGAUUUUGCAAUGGAAGGCUCCCAUAUCUCAGCUGCGUUUGCAUCCCAACCACUUAGUGACAGCAAGUGCGGCUGCUACUUAUGUUUUCUUGCUUCAACAUGGUAAUGAUGAAGUUGUUGAGCAUUCGAUUAACUCACUUUUUGAAGAGAUAACCUUGCUAAAUGAGAUGUUAGAGAAUGUCCUUGUCAGUAGAGAUGUGGAAAUUACCCUUCUUAGUGAAAAUUCCUACUCAAAGAUGGAGUUGAUCGCCUUGAUUAAGUUUAACUUGAAAGUCUUACUGAGCUGCAUUUGCUUGGACAAGACAGAUAAUUUGAUUGCCCCACCUGACAUGGCUAAACUGUUGCUCAAAAGGUCAGAACGUCUGGCAUCAUUUGUAGUUACAAAGCUGUAUCCUUUUCAGUUGUCUGUUAAAAGAUGUGUAGAGCUGCAAGUGAUUAUUCUCGAGACAUUGGGUAGAAUUUCUUCGGUUGAGUUAUUGAGCAAAUACUCCAUGGAGUUUUGCAGUAAAGAUUAUUUACAGAAGACAACCGAAGUUAGCUUAGAUCGUAAUUUCAUGGUUGAGCAUUUAAGCAAGUACAGUAAUAUCAUUGUGAAAGCUCUUGAUGCUGAUACUCCUCUUGCUGCUAAAGUCAAAGCCCUUGACUGGAUUCAUAAAUCAUGUGAGGAUGCAACUAGAAUUUUUGAAAGUUUGAAUGUAAAUGUAAAUCCUUAUGAAGAUGGUGGAUAUGGUUCUGCUGUUUGGACUCUGGUUUCCUCUGUACUGGGUGCUGCAUUUGACAGGGAAACAAAAGUGAGGCUGCAAGUGACUGAGGUAUUUGACAUGCUUCUACGAGCAAAACUUGUUCAUCCCAGAUACUUCUACCAGAUGGCAGAACUGGUCCUUGAAAAGCUUGGUGAUCCAGAUGCUACGGUAAGAAGUGCUUUUGUUAGGCGUCUUUCCCUUUUUGUCCCUGUUGCUGUCUAUCUCUGUGGUUCAGCAGGUUGUGGAACAGUUACCACAGGCAGGCCCACUUACUUCAGGACAGAUAAUAGAGCUGACUUGCACUGGAGACCUGUGUUUGCCCUCAAGCAGCUGCCACAACGUCUUCAACCACAGCAACUUGUUUCAAUAUUGAGUUACAUCUCACAAAGAUGGAAGACACCUCUUUCUUCUUGGAUUCAACGGCUUAUUCAACAUUGUAAUUGCGCAAAGGACUUGACUCAAUCUCAAUUGGAGGAAACAGGAAGUUCUAGUGGCAAUAGUAUAUGGCUGGACAUAAAAUUUGAGGUUGAUGCUCUUGAAAGAAUUAAUUUAGUAAAUAACUUAGCUGGGGUAUGGUGGGCAGUACAUGAAGCCGCUAGAUAUUGCACAGCUACUCGUCUUCGCACCAACCUUGGUGGACCAACUCAAACUUUUGCAGCUCUGGAGAGAAUGCUUCUGGAUGUAGCACAUAUGCUGCAAAUUGAUAGUGAGCAAAAUGAUGGUGGUUUAAGCAUAAUAGGUUCAAGUGGUGCCCACUUACUUCCCAUGAGGUUAUUACUGGAUUUUGUUGAGGCUUUAAAGAAAAAUGUAUACAAUGCUUAUGAAGGUUCCUCUGUGCUGCCUUUGGCUUCUCGUCAGAGUUCCUUGUUUUUUCGGGCAAACAAAAAGGUUUGUGAGGAGUGGUUUUCUCGCAUUUGUGAACCAAUGAUGAAUGCUGGGUUGGCAUUGCAGUGCCACGAUGCUAUUAUCCAGUAUUGUUCUCUACGUCUGCAGGAGCUCAAAAACUCAGUGGUUUCUUCUUUUAGAGAAAAAUCUCGAACUCAGGUAGUUGAGAACCCGCAUGAUAUCAGGGAAAGGUUAACUGGAGAUGUUAUGCGAUUUGUACAACACAUUGCUCUUGCUCUGUCUAAGAAACAUGAAUCGGCAGCUUUAAUUGGAUUGCAGAAAUGGGUGAAUAUGAGUUUUUCUUCUUUGUUUGACGAAAACAAAGAGGUUGGUAACUGCUACCAAAUAUCUGGACCUUUUGCAUGGAUUACUGGUUUGGUACAUCAAGCUGAAGGACAAUAUGAAAAGGCUGCUGCUGUAUUUACUCAUUUGCUACAGACAGAGGAAUCUCUUAGUUCUAUGAGAACUGAUGAAAUACAAUUCAUAAUUGGACGUGUAAUGGAGAGCUAUUGUGCUAUUGGGGAUUGGCAGUCGCUUGAUUCUUGGUUAAUGGAGCUGCAAGCUUUACGUGCAAAGCAUGCUGGAAGAAGUUAUUCAGGUGCUUUAACUACUGCUGGAAAUGAAAUGAAUGCAAUCCAUGCAUUAGCUCAUUUUGAUGAGGGUGACAUCCAAGCAGCAUGGGCAUCCCUGGAUUUAACACCCAAAAGUAGCUCUGAACUUACACUUGAUCCCAAACUGGCGUUGCGAAGGAGUGAGCAGAUGCUUUUGCAGGCAUUGCUUUAUAAAACUGACAAUAAAAUGGAUUUGGUGCCUGAUGAGAUGCAGAAAGCCAAGUUGAUGCUAGACGAAGUUUUGACUGUCAUUCCACUUGAUGGUUUGCCGGAGGCAGCGCAGUAUGCCCUACAUUUGCACUGCAUAUAUGCAUUAGAAGAGGACUGCAGGUUCGAUAAAAUACAGGAGAAAGCUAAACAGUCUGAAGUAUUGAAAUCGCUUUGCCAGGCAGUUUAUCUGCCUAUGAGUGUAGUCCACCAAGAUUGUAGCUCGUGGCUGAAGCUUCUUAGAGUUUAUAAAACCAUCCUGCCUACUUCGUCUGUUACCUUGCAACUAUGUCAGAAUUUAAUGUCAUUAGCUCGAAAGCAGGGAAAUUUAGGGCUGGCAAACCAUCUUAAGAAGUAUCUGAAGGAUCAAGUUGAUAAUUGCUUGGAGACAAGUAAUAACCUGUUUCUAACAUCUAGUUUGAAGUAUGAGGAAAUAUUGCUGAUGUAUGCAGAAAAGAAGUUUGCAGAUGCAUUCACGAAUAUAUGGUCAUAUGUAAAGUCCGGCUUUAUUUCUUUGAACGGUGUAGAUUCUGCCGCUGACGAUAGUCCAUUGAAGGCUAAGGCAUGUCUGAAGUUUUCAGAUUGGUUGAGGCGGGAUUAUGCUGAUUUUAGCCUGGAAAAUUUUGCUCUGGAUAUCCUUACUGACUUCAGCCAGUCUGGUGAAAGAAAUGACUUCUUAGUUGAAGAAAACGUGAUGUCUAAACCAUGCACACAACUAGUCAUUCAGGAAAUUGUGGGCUCAGCAACAAAGUUGUCAACACACCUUUGCCCGACUUUGGGCAAGUCUUGGAUUUCAUAUGCAUCUUGGUGUUUUUCUAGAGCUAAAGAGAGUCUUCUCCCAUCCCAGGAAACUGUCCUCCGUUCAUGCUCUGUUUCUCCUGUUCUUGAUCAAGAGUUGGUGCCGAAGAUGUCUACUUUGACUGAAGUUGAGAUAUCAAGAGUGGAAUCUGUUAUUUCAGAACUUCUUUGUGCAAAUGAUAUAAAUGAAGGGGAAGAGAGGUGUCCCUUUGACGAGUCAUCCAGUGACUUGAAUAGUUUAAAUCAUGAAACUUCUUUGGUGCAGAAAGUAGUGAAUGUCAUUGAAGCUGCAGCAGGAGCACCUGGUGUUGAAAAUUUUGGUGCUGAAUUGCUGUCAGCUGCUGUGUCUUCUCAGCUUCAGAAGACCAUUCUUGAUCAAUAUGCUCACAUAGAAGAAAAUACUAUACUAUCUUCUGUCAGUACUUUGGUCGAUAUUUGGUGGUCGUUGAGGAAGAGAAGGGUAUCUUUAUAUGGGCAUGCUGCUCAUGGUUUCAUUCAGUUCCUGUCAUACUCAUCUUCUAGAUUCGGUAGUUUUGCUUCCAAUGACCGUGAUUGCGGGUCCUUGAGUCAAAAAUCUGGAAGCUCGACCCUCAGGUCGACUUUGUACAUACUACACAUCCUGCUCAAUUAUGGUUUAGAGUUGAAGGAUAUACUUGAACCCACCCUUUCUUCAGUCCCAUUGUUUCCAUGGCAGGAAGUAACACCACAAGUCUUUGCUCGAUUAUGUUCUCAUCCAGAACCUAAAACCCGGAAGCAAUUGGAAGGCUUGCUUAUGAUGCUCGCAAAGUCUUCUCCUUGGUCUGUAGUGUAUCCAACCCUUGUUGACGUUAAUGCAUCUGAUGAGGAACCUCCGGAGGAGCUUCAGCGUAUUCUAGAUUGUUUGAUGAAGCUUUAUCCUAGACUGGUACAAGAUGUCAAACUCAUGAUAUAUGAACUAGGAAAUGUAACUGUUCUCUGGGAGGAACUAUGGCUCAGCACUCUCCAAGAUCUUCAUGGAGAUGUGCUUAGGCGGAUAAACAUGUUGAAAGAGGAAGCUGCAAGGAUAUCAGAAAAUAUUACUCUUAGCCACAAUGAGAAAGUUAAAAUAAAUGCUGCAAAAUAUUCCGCUAUGAUGGCCCCAAUUGUUGUGGCCUUGGAACGUCGUCUUGCUCUGAUUUCUAGGAAACCUGAGACCCCCCAUGAGAAAUGGUUCCAGGAUGAGUACAAAGAGCUGAUAAAAUCUGCCAUUUUAGCCUUUAAAACUCCUCCAAUAUCUGCUUCAGUGCUUGGAGAUGUCUGGCUAGCGUUUGAUAAUAUUGCUGCAUCUUUAGCAUCUUAUCAGAGAAAGUCAGCUGUUUUGUUGCAAGAAGUUGCACCACAACUGGCUUGCUUGUCAUCUUCUGAUGUUCCCAUGCCUGGGCAUGAGAAGCAAGUAAUGCUCUCUGAAACUGACAGGGACUUCAGUAGCACUUCACUGGGUAUUGUCACAAUUUCUUCUUUCUCUGAACAAGUGGCUAUAUUGUCAACCAAGACGAAACCUAAAAAAAUUGUUAUUCUGGGAUCUGAUGGUGGAAAGUAUACAUAUCUUUUGAAGGGAAGAGAAGAUUUACGACUUGAUGCUCGAAUCAUGCAACUUUUGCAAGCGGUCAACAGUUUUCUCCAUUCAAAUUCGGAAACUAGAAGUCGGUCUGUCGGUAUUCGUUAUUAUUCUGUGACACCAAUUAGUGGCCGGGCUGGUCUCAUUCAGUGGGUAGAUAAUGUCACAAGCAUCUACAGUAUUUUUAAAUCUUGGCAGCAAAGAGUUCAAAUGGCCCAGCUUUUGGCUAAUGGUGGCAACAAUGUCAAAGAUACAACCCCACCACCUGUUCCUCGACCAAGUGACAUGUUCUAUGGAAAAAUUAUACCAGCAUUAAAAGAGAAAGGCAUAAAGAGAGUUAUUUCAAGAAGAGACUGGCCUCAUGAAGUCAAGCUUAAAGUUCUUUUGGAUCUUAUGAAAGAGACCCCCAAGCAGCUUCUUCAUCAAGAACUCUGGUGUGCAAGUGAGAGUUUCAGUGCUUUCAGCUCAAAACUGAAGAGGUAUUCUGGCAGCUUAGCUGCAAUGAGUAUGGUAGGCCACAUCCUUGGCCUUGGGGAUAGACAUUUGGACAAUAUUCUGAUAGACUUUUUUAGUGGAGAUAUUGUACAUAUUGAUUAUAAUGUGUGCUUUGAGAAAGGAAAAAGGUUAAAAGUUCCUGAGAUAGUGCCAUUCCGCCUUACCCAGACACUUGAAGCUGCUCUAGGGCUGACAGGAUUGGAAGGAGUCUUUAGGGCAAACUGUGAAGCAGUAAUUGGCGUUCUCAGAAAGAACAAAGAUUUACUUCUCAUGUUAUUGGAAGUCUUUGUGUGGGAUCCACUUAUAGAGUGGACACGUGGAGAUUUUCAUGAUGAUGCUGCCGUUGGUGGUGAGGAAAGAAAGGGAAUGGAAUUGGCAGUUAGCUUAAGUUUAUUUGCUUCUCGUGUUCAGGAGAUGCGUGUUCCUUUACAGGAGCAUCAUGACCUGUUACUGGCUAGUGCCCCAGCUAUUGAAUCUUCUUUUGAGAGGUUUUUGAAUAUCUUAAACCAGUAUGAGCUUGUCUCGGCUAUAUUUUAUCGUGCGGACCAAGAGAGAUCUACUCUUCUUCUCCAUGAAACAUCUGCAAAAUCACUUGUUGCGGAAGCAAAUUCUCGCUUGGAGAAAUCUUGUGCCCUUUAUGACGUUCAGGCUCGAGACUUUGCUCAGGCUAAGGCUUUUGUGGCCGAGAAAAUCCAAGAAGCAACUACUUGGUUAGAGCAACAUGGAAAAUUCCUUGAUGCUUUACGGAAUGAUUCAAUUUGUGAAAUCAAAGCCAGCUUAAGGCAGAGUUGCAUGGAAGAUGCCUUAUCUCUUACCUCAGCUGUUUCAGUAGCGGGAGUUCCAUUAUCUAUCGUUCCUGAACCUACACAGGCACAAUGCCAUGAAAUUGACAGGGAUAUUUCUCAGCUCAUAUCUGAGUUGGACAAUGGGGUUUCCUGUGCAGUAACAGCACUUCAAGCAUAUGCUCUUGCUUUGCAAAGAUUCCUACCCUUAAAUUACAUCACAACAAGCCCUGUACACAGUUGGGCACAAGUCUUACAGCUGUCUGUCAAUUCGCUUUCCCCUGAUAUGCUUUCUUUGGCAAGAAGGCAGGCUGGUGAGCUUAUUUCGAAGAGACAUGGGGAUGCUCUUGAUUUUGUUAGGCAUCGCCGAGAUGAUCUAUGUCUUAAAAUGAAGAGGUUUGCUCUAGAGAUAGAAAAACUUGAGGAGGAGUAUGCCGGACUUGUAAACUCUACUGGCUCGGAAGCUGAAUUCAAGGCUAAGCAUCAUAUUCUAUCUGCUUUCUUGAAUUAUAUGCAAUCUAGCGAUUUUGCAAGAAAUGAGGACCUGUUUCCUUCUCGUGCACCCAUACAAUUUACAUAUGAGAGUGGUAAAGAAACCAAACUAGAAGCUGAUAUGAAGAAAGAGAAAAUGUUCUCUAUUCUGUAUGUAGCCUUAUGUUCUCUUUAUGAUGAUGUGAAACAUAAGGUACUCAGCAUAGCUAACGAGUCAACUACGACUGGAAGUGUGGGCAGUUUACCUCAGUUUGACUUUGGGACUGUGUUAUGUGAGCUAGAAGAGCAAAUAGAAAAAUGUGUACUAGUUGUGGACUUUUUUAUUGAGCUUCAGCAUUCUGUUGAUAAUGGAACAGCAACUGGUGAUCUAGACGUUUCUGACAAGAACUGGGCUUCCAUUUUUAAAGCUACUUUAUUGUCGUGUAAGGAAUUCGUCGUGCAUAUGAGUGAAGUUAUUUUGCCAGAGUUGAUUAAAUCUAUAGUUUCAACUGAUUCAGAUAUAAUGGAUGCAUCUGGGACCCUGUCCGAUAUCCGGGGGUCUAUUGAAACUGCAUUGGAGCAGCUUGUUGAGGUUGAAGUAGAGAGGGUGUCUCUACAAGAACUGCAGAAGAGCUAUUUUGUAAAGGUUGGUUCCAUCACAGAGCAACAGCUGGCUCUUGAAGAAGCUGCUAUGGAAGGAAGAGAUCAUCUUUCUUGGGAGGAGGCAGAGGAACUUGCUUCUCAAGAAGAAGCUUGCAGGACUCAACUAGACCAACUUCACCACAUGUGGAACCAAAAGGAUGCAAGGAGCUCUGCCCUAAUCAAAAGAGAAGCGGAUAUACGAGAUAGUUUGGUUUCUUUAGAGCACCAUUUUCUAUCUCUACUUGGCCCUGAAGAGGAGGGUACAUACAGAAGCAAUGCAUUAUUAUCUACACUGGACAGUCCGUUCUCUGGAUUAGAGUCUCUAGGCAAGGCACUCCUCUCUUAUUCUGGUUCAAUUUCUUGUCAAAACGAUAUUUCCAAGUUAGCUAAUCUUCUCAGUUCUGGAUGCCAAAUGUCUGAAUAUAUCUGGAAAUUUAAAGGAUCACUAAAUGAUCUAGAUUUCUUUGCUUGGAAAGUUGCAGUAAUGGAUUUCAUUCUUGAUUUGACCAUCAAUGAUGUAUCUUCAUCUAUUGAUCAUAAUUUGGGUAUGGAUCAGCUUGUUGAUUCCAUAAAAAAAAAGUUGGUGGCACAACUCCGGAUAGUGAUGAGCCUAUACAUCAAAGAACGGAUUGCUCCAGCAUUAGUUAGCUGCUUAGAUAAAGAGGCCGAGAACUUAAAGCAACAGAUGGAAGGGUUUACUGGAUUUGUUCGACCGAAGAAGGAUCUUAGUUGUGAGAAUAGGGUGAAAGCGAUGCUUCAAGAAUAUUGUUGUGCACAUGAAACUGUCAGAGAAGCAAGGGCAGCUGCAUCCCUCUUGAGGAGGCAAGUGAAUGAGCUGAAGGAGGCUACUAAAAGAACUAGCCUAGAGAUCAUUCAAAUGGAAUGGAUGAACAAUAUGACCUUAAUUCCUUCCCAUGAUAAUAAGAUCAUAGGUCAUAGAUUUCUAGGAAGUGAUGAUAAGAUGUAUCCUCUUGUCUUAGAUAUCAACCGAUCUAAUUUGUUGGAAAACAUACAAUCUGCUGUCUCUAAGAUAGCUACUUCAAUUGAAUGUUUGCAAUCUUGUGAAAGGAACUCUAUUACAGCUGAAGGCCAACUGGAAAGAGCCAUGAAUUGGGCAUGUGGUGGCCCAAAUACUGGCGUUACUGGCAAUUCCUCCUACAAGAGUGCUGGAAUUCCUUCAGAGUUUCAUGAUCAUUUGAAGCAGCGAAGAAAACUGCUGCAAGAAGCUCAAGAGAAGGCUACUGAUAUUAUGAGAGUUUCCUUGUCAAUUUUAGAGUUUGAGGCAUCAAGAGAUGGGAUUCUGUGUAAUCCAGGUGAAAUAUUUCCAUUUAGAAGUAGCGGAGAAGAAAGGACAUGGCAACAAGCUCAUAUAAAUGCUUUAACUAGGCUGGAAGUCACAUUCCAUUCUUUCUCUAGGGCUGAACAGGAAUUGAAGUUAGCAAAGAACAGCAUGGAAGUUGCCUCCAACAGUUUACUUUCUGCCUCUAAUGAACUCUCAGUGGCUUCUCGAAAAGCAAAGUCAGCUUCAGGGGACUUACAAACCACUCUGCUUCAAAUGAGAGAUUGUGCAUGUGAAGCUAGUAUUGCCCUCUCUGCUUUUUGUCGCGUUGCUAAGGGUCAUACUGCCUUGACUUCUGAAUGUGGUUCAAUGCUUGAAGAGGUGUUAGCUAUCAGCGAUGGUCUUCUCGAUGUGCAUAACUUGGGGAAGGAGGCUGCAGCGAUGCAUCGUUCCCUUAUGGAAUCAAUAUCGAAGGCAAGUGAGGUGAUCUUUCCCCAUGAAUCAGUAUUGUCUAAGGAUGUAGCUGCGAUGACUGAUGCUAUGGCCAAAGAAAGAGAAACCGAACUGGAGAUAUCGCCUCUCCAUGGGCAAGCCAUAUACCAAUCGUAUUAUCCAAGAAUUAAGGAGGCUUUUCAAGCUUUUAAGCCUCUGGUGCCAUCUCUAGUUUCUUCUGUGAAGGAACUGUACUCUUCUCUGACUAAGCUUGCUCACUCUGCAAGCCUCCAUGCUGCUAAGUUGCAUAAGGCUGUUGAAGGUGUAGAAGGUAGCCUGGAGGAAAGGUCGCAGGAAAUUAUCUUGUCAAGGGAGGACCUCAUUAACAGCUACUCUGAGUAUGAUGACAUGGAUGGAGAUAUAUUGGAAGAAGAACCUGAUGGAGAAAAGGAUGAAACUUUAAUGGGUGCGAACAUUUUGUCUGCGGAAGAUAAAGGAUGGUUAUCUCCUCCAGAUAGCAUAUACAGUAGCAGCUCUGGUGGGGGCAGUUUUUCUGGUGAAGUCAGUCCCUCAAAUGGCUUUGGUCUUGAAGAAGCUUUAGAGCAUCUUUCAAUUAACUCCAACAACGAAGAGGAUGGAGAUCAGAAGGAACGACUUUUUUCCACUGUUACUAAUCACCAAGACAUCUUGCAUACUGGGAUGUUAAAUGAGAUGAUAGCCAAGGAUGAUAGUACUGGUUUUUCUACAGAUGUACACACUAAUGACCUUAGAGAUGGUGUCUGUUUGGAAAAUAAAUUAUCAGCAGAUUCAGUUCCCAGCAUGCUUAAAGAAGAGAACUUAGAGAUGAAUCUUGAAGGCAAAGAUGAAGCAACCUCGUCAAAUAGAGUUGGACCUGGAGAGGACAGUCAGAACGAUCAACUUAAAAAGGAUGGUGUUCGAGCAAUCAAGGGUAAAAACACUUUUGCUAUAUCUGUCUUGAGGCGUAUCGAAAUGAAAUUAGAUGGUCGUGAUCUUUCUGAAAACAGAGAAUUAAGUAUCGCAGAGCAGGUAGAUUAUCUGCUGAAGCAAGCUACUGGUGCAGAUAAUCUCUGCAACAUGUAUGAAGGUUGGACAGCAUGGAUUUGAGUUUGUAAGAAAGAUGCUCUUAUGAUGGGUUAUGGUGGUAGUACGUUCACACAGCAACAUCUGCUUAAUGAUUGUGGUUGUAAGGCCUUUGAAAUAAGCUCUUUUGGACUCAGCCCGCUACUCAGCCCUGAUUUGUUCAUCAGAAGACUGGGGUCUGUUCGCAGAGAUGAUUAUAUAUGUUGAUAAAGGAGCUCUUAUCCUGAUGACAGAAACUUGAAAGGGCGAGAAGCUCAGCUUUGGCUGACUAGACCUCUUGGCUGCAAUGCCGUAUGAGCUCAUUUUCUCCCUAGCACCACAGAAAUAUCCUUAAGAUUUGAUUUGGAAUGGAAGGACAAUGUUUGGCUAUGUUCUGUGGUAAAUAGUGGUGCCGUGGCCAUUCCGUGAUCAAUAUAUAAAUGAAGAUCCUGUGUAGAGGAUCCGAAACUUGAUUCUUGCGAGCCAAUUUUGCUUCUGUUCAAGAGUUCUGGGUGAUGAAUUUGGGAGGUCACAAUUACUGCAUGUUGGUUGUGCACAUUGGGAAGUAUUAGUUUGUAUCUCUUGGAAGAAGCUGAGAUCAAGCCAAUAUGCAGGAGCCACCUUGAAAUUUGCCGUAGAAUUACCAAAGAAUCACUUUGAUGGGCCAAAACUGGAUGAUUCUCUCCCAAUCUCCGGUUACAAAUCUGUUCAUACUUCACGUAUCCUGGUGUGGUACCAGAUUUCUGUUAGAACUGAAGUCUAAAUAACCAUUCGGUAUUUUUCAUUUUCUUUUAAUGACAAGGAGAAGGACCCUAUUCAGAUCUUAGCUUCCACAGUUUCUUGGUCUGACAUUUGUGGGUCAUAUGCUUGAGAGUUGGGAGGAAGAUAAAGGUAAUUCUACUACCAGACACCACAUUUGGCAAGAUUGGAAUAUAAGAUCUCUAGGAUCUAAGGUAAGAGUCUUGCGGUAGACAUAGUAGGUUCUACGAAUGAGUUGAUACACAGUUCACUCUUGGAUUUGGAGGCUGGUCGUGCUCGGUCGUAGGUAUUUAAAAAUGGUUACAAAUUGUUCACUUUGUGAUUGUUAUUUUUAUAUGGAUUCCAGUAAUGACAAGAUCUAAUAAGUACGCCAUUUUGUGUUAUUGAUGGUGAAUUUAAAUGUUA